CGGACACCUGCUGCGGCCCGGCCACAUCCCCCCUCCACCCACCACCCCCUCCGCCGUCCCCGCGCGGUCCCCGCACCCCUCUCCUCCCCCGGAGGCCCGCGGAGCAUUGUACUCACAUCCGGGGCUGGGUUUUACUUUAAUGCGAAACGUAAUUAACCCGGAAAAAAGACUCAAGAGACGGCCCUGGAGGACGGCGGAGGGUAGAGGAAAAGAGCGCGGCUGGACAGGCGGGGAGCCGCAGCCCUGAGACGCAGUGCCCUGGGACCCGAUGCGACCCUUGCUGCGCACCGCGCGGGUGAUGUGAUCAGAGCCCAGGAAUGCCUUAUGUGGAUCGGCAGAACCGAAUCUGUGGGUUCCUGGAUAUUGAGGACAAUGAGAACACUGGCAAGUUCCUUCGGAGAUACUUUAUCCUGGACACGCAGGCCAACUGCCUCCUCUGGUACAUGGACAAUCCCCAGAACCUGGCAGUUGGGGCAGGAGCUGUUGGAUCUCUGCAGCUGACUUACAUCUCAAAGGUCAGCAUAGCUACCCCAAAGCAGAAACCCAAGACUCCAUUCUGCUUCGUUAUCAAUGCCCUGUCUCAGAGAUAUUUUCUUCAAGCCAAUGACCAGAAAGAUCUGAAGGACUGGGUUGAAGCCUUGAACCAAGCCAGCAAAAUCACUGUACCUAAGGCUGGGACCCUACCCUUGGCCACUGAAGUUCUCAGAAACCUAACAGCUCCUCCCAACCCAGACAAGAAGCCGCAGGUGGCCUACAAGACUGAGAUCAUCGGGGGAGUGGUGGUACAAACACCCAUCAGCCAGAACGGUGGGGAUGGGCAGGAAGGGACUGAGACAGGGUCUCACGCCUUCCUGAGGAGGUCUCAGAGCUACAUCCCCACGUCAGGCUGCCGUCCCUCCACCGGGCCUCCCCUCAUUAAGAGUGGCUACUGUGUGAAGCAAGGGAACGUGAGAAAGAGUUGGAAACGUCGCUUCUUUGCCCUUGAUGACUUUACCAUCUGCUACUUCAAGUGUGAGCAGGACCGGGAGCCCCUUCGCACUAUACUGCUCAAGGAUGUUCUCAAGACUCAUGAGUGUCUCGUCAAGUCUGGCGAUCUCUUAAUGAGGGACAACCUGUUUGAAAUCAUAACCACCUCCAGGACAUUCUAUGUACAGGCAGACAGCCCUGAAGACAUGCACAGCUGGAUUCAGGAGAUUGGAGCAGCUGUCCAGGCCCUCAAGUGCCACCCCAGAGAACCAUCCUUCUCUAGAUCCAUUUCUUUGACUCGACCUGGAAGUUCCAGCCUCCCAAGUGGGCCUAACUCCAUCUUGAGGCGGCGGCCAGCAAUGGAAGAAAAAAGGGCUCUCUGUAAGGCCCCUUCUGUGGCCUCCUCCUGGCAACCCUGGACACCUGUCCCCCAGGCUGGGGAAAAGCUGUUGUCAGCUGAGAAUGCUCCAGAGGACUCUUUAUUUGUGCCUCACCCUGGGGAGAGCAUUGCUACAGGGGUGCUGGCGAGUUCUCGAGUCAGGCACAGGUCGGAGCCUCAGCACCCCAAGGAGAAGCCAUUUGUGUUCAACCUUGAUGAUGAAAACAUACGGACCUCUGAUGUGUGAUAUGCAGUGCCAUAGUGUGCAGGAGAGACAGCGCUGUGACUCGUUUUCUCUGCCAUGAUGGAGGACAGAGGCUAAUGGCACUCACAGUGGAGGGGCCCAUGCAACUGGCUUUGGUUUUUGUUAUUAUCAACACAGUGUAUUUAACUGGAGGAAGUCAUUAGGUUAGACCCAUAGGCAUACUCCAUUGCCUCUUGAAUGUCCCCCUUUUCCCAGGUUUCCUAGUGAGGGGUUAAUUUUAAUACUUCUUGUCUGGGGGGGUGGUUAGAGUCUAGUUUCACCCCUACAAGUCCCCCUGCCCCCAAUUUGUAUUUCUUUUAUCUUCUUGGUUUUGUUUCCAGUCUAUAUAUAAGAUCUCAGGCUAUGAGCUGGUUCUGUCUACCCCUGUUUAUUGGCUGACUUGUGGGGAUCAGGAAGAUGCUUACUAUCAGGACAAAAAGGCAUCGGGGUAUGGGAGACUUGGGUUCCAGCUUGACUGACUCCUUCUGUUAGGUGGCCUUUGAAUCUGGAGAGUGAAGGGGGAACUUCAAAAUGUCUUCUUGGGCAGUUCCCCUCAGGACACCUCCCAGAGGAGGAGAGGGGACCUCUUAUGAGUCACAGAGGCUAAUUAAGCUGCCAUAGCCACUUGUGGGAAUUAUGCUGUCCUCUUGAUUCUCUGUGAUUCCAAAUGCUGUAGACCUGGAUGAUAGUGCCACAGGUCUGUUUUCUGUAUCAGGCCCCAGGGAUGGGGUUAUCAGUGUUAAAAUGUAGGAUCGUGGAGGCCAGAACAGACACUUCCCUUGAAACCAUGUUAUUUGAGUAUAUGUGUGUGUGUUGGUUAAGUGUAGAAUGAUUCCUGUGUGUGUGUGUGUGUGUGUGUGUGUGUGUGUGUGUGUGUGCAAUCUCCAUCUCAGAAGCUUCAUGCAAAGUAACUACUGAGAGGAGAUGGAUAAUUGUUUAUUUCAGGAAGCACCUUUGAUUUAUGUUUUCCAGACAGGAGAAUGGUCCAGCUUUGGCACAAUGAAUCUUGAAUCCCUGUCUCACGGUUCUUUUAGAAUGAGUCGUCAUUUGUCUAGUGUUAAGUGCUUGUAUCUUGUGCACCCUGCUAAUGGACUUGCUUUUUAUUUUUUAAGUUGCCUGGUAAAUGAAGCCAUGCAUACAGUAGGUGGAAGCCCAGCUUGAUCUCAUAAGAUCCUGUGUACUCCCCAGUGGAGAGACAACAAAGAUGAUUGUUUUCAAUAAUGAUAUUUUUCAUGGAAUAGAAACUGGGAAUAAAGAAACUUAUCAGAGGGUGAAUUGUUGGCUAGGGAUUUUCUGGGUUCUAGAUGAGUUCCGAAGAUUGGAUUUCCACCUGAAAUUCAGGGUGUGGCUUUUUCCAUUGAGCAAGAUACUAUUUCCAUUGCCUUUGGGGGCAUUUGUCUGUCAACCUUCAGUGAACUGUGUUACCAGAGACUUUUGGCUCAUUCCUAUCUGUGUAACUUUUAUCAGCUAAAUAAGUUAGUUGUAUUUUUUAGUUAGAAACUUGUAGCUCUAAGAAGAGACUACCAAGCAUUUUUAUUUAAGUCAAUCACCACUCUUUGUGUCCAUAGUUAAUGCAAAAGAAAAACAGGCAUAAAUCUUUGUGUGAGAGGAAGUGUGUGUGUGUUCUUUCUAAUGUGACUAGACUAGACCCUGAAGCUGCUGCCACACAGAAGACUCCUGAGCUCAUUGAGUGGAAGCUGUCCCCCACUUUAGGUUUGGCCUUGUGUUCCUGAUCUAAAAAGAUCUAAAAAACAAGAAAUCCUGGAUCUCUCUCUGUUCUCCAUCUCUCUCACUCUCCCCUUUACUAUUACUUUUUAAAAGAACUUUUUUUUUUUUUUUUUUUUUUUUUUUGUAUUUUGGUUUUCAUAAACUCUCUGGUUUUGGGUUUUAGGGAUUAUUUAUUUAUGAGUGAUCAAGGUUAUAACUUACUUCAAAAGCCAGUCCAAAUUCUUAAAGCCCUUUGUCUCUGGUUUCAACUUAAAAUCUUUCUCUAGAAAAUUCUUUGGCUGCUCAACAGAAAUUGCUCAACAUGAGAUGAGGAACUAAUGAAAAUAAGUUAGGAACUCUGGAAUGGGCUUUACACAUCCCCUGACUCACGGAGAUGAUGUCAUCUGCUGGGUUAAAAUUUCGAAAUUUGUCCGUCUGUUUGCUAGGUUGUUACUGCUACAGUAACUGGUCAUUAUCGAAAGCUGAUAGGUUUCAUUAAGUAUUUUGAGACUGUCCUUAGAUUAAACCCAGUGCAGUUUACUUUAUGUAAAUAAAGGACAGCACAGUGUUUCCAUGUGUCUCACUAGCCAAUACAUGGGGAUUCUAAGUUAGAACAUUGUUAAUAUAGUUUUGGUGUUGAGAAAAUAUAAUUAUCUGUGUGGAGUCCAGAGACAUUCAAAUUCUUAAUUCUUAUUUCAGAAUUCCCCUUUUAUCCGGAUUUCUGACCAGUUUUAUGCUAAUCUCCCCUCCCCCUCUUUUUAAAAUUUGUUUUUGCUGGAGUCUUGAUAUGUAGUUCAGGCUGGCUUUGAACUGGUAAUCCUCCUGCCUUUACCCUGCUUCCUGAGUGCUUGGAUUACAAGCAUGUACCAUCAUAUCCAGCCUAUCACAGUAUUUUAAUGUAAGCCAAAGAUAGUACAUAAACUUUUAGUUUUCACUGUAUCUAAUAGAACCCUGUGGUGGGGUGUUGUGGGGGGGGUAGGUUCUGUGGCUAAGCGUUUGUUGUAGAUAUAUCAGAAGGGAUUUCUGAAUUAUAAAAGGUACUGCAUUUUUGUUUUUGUGUGUGCGGAAUAAAAGUGGUCUCUGGGAUUGGGUCCUUCUGUAAGGCUUCUCAGUACCUGAAGGACUCUCCAUCCCUUAGCCGUGAAAGGUCUGAUGGACUUUUUUUUACCGAGGUCAGGUGAUAGUAGGCAAAAAUGGUGUGCCUCUGUCAUUCUGUGAACCCUGAUGAGAAUAUGGGAGACCACAGACUAGGGAGGGACCUCAGGUCAAAGCAGUGGGGUGACACUUCUACCAAGCAGGCAUUCUCUCCCAAGUAGAAUGAUGAGCUCCUGGGGAGAGAUUUAAAGCCCAGUGCUUUUGUUCCUCUCUUUUUAAAAUAUAAAUGUUCUCUCUUCAGGACCAAAACGACUCUGAAUAAAUAACAGAUCAGUCGUUGUGCAGUGGAUUUGAUGUCUUCAGAGUUGACCAAAUAAACAGUCAUCUGGUAGCAAAUGGCAGCAUUUUGGAAAUUUAAGUUUCCCAUGUCACUUUCUCAACUUAAAAUUUUUUCCCCCUCUAAAAUCUGUUUUCCUCAGCCCCCUGCCGGAAUCAAUUACAGUUACUCAUACUAGGUAGGCUUUGAAUACAGUGAAUGUUUGGCAAAAACACACAGCGUGACUCCUCGGUCCUCUGUUUAUGAAGGUGUGGCAUGCCCGGUUGGAGCCAGUGUUUGAGCUGUGAAACACACCUCUGAAAGCACUGAACUGAGUGCAUGGAAACUCCAGCUUCUUAUGUUGUGAUCCUAAUUGGUAUAGCAAAACGUAAUUUUCUAAAACUGUUUGGUUGCUUGUUUUUGUAAUAAAAACAUGUGAAAUAUGAAA